CCUUUUGGUGUUUGGUGUCCAUGUUUGAGAGACCAAAGUACUUAGCUGGCUAUUUCAAUGAUUCACUUGGCAAGAUACAAAGGCAUGCAUCAGUUUUUGAAAGACUAAUGCAACAGAGACGUCCCAAGCUAUACAAACACCUGGAGGUGCAAGGUGUGUCACCACUCAUGUACUUGACCCCCUCUGCCACAAAUCGACACGCCUUUAAGCAGUUCAAUACUCCUACACCUCUCAGACGCUCUCAGGUUAAACCCAUCUGUCGACAUUCCCCGUCAACUUUUGAAUCAUCUCCAAAGCCAGUGAUGUCACCUGACCUCUUGAUGUCCCCGGAUGUGGAAAUGACUUCUUUAGAAUUUAAGGAGAAGAGACUGGACUUUACGUAGCGAUUUAUGGGCUUGGUGUUACGUGGAGUUGCUCUAGAGAAUUCAAGAUUGGGAGUGGAUCAUUACAAGUUUGUUGAUUAUGAGUACAAGGAGUGAUUAUAUGGCACGUAAGAUGAACUAAUUAAAGAGCUGCUUAAGUUUAA